CCAUGAUACAGUGCAAACUAACAGAUCUAACUGUCAUCCAUGUUGGAGAGCAAAAUAAUAUUGAAUUUCUCAUUUUUAGAGUGAGUCGAGCUGUUGUGUCUAGAAGAUUACCAACACAAUUGUGUUCUUAUUAUUCUAUUUGUCGGGCUCUAUCUCACGUCUGUGUGCUGAAUUCCUCAGUAAGACUAUCAUCAAGGAUAUUGCCCUAAAAUAAAUAUCAAAAAUGAUAUGUAAUUUAUAAGCUAUUAUUAUUCGUUACUCGUUUUUUUAUUGAUAUUCAAUGCUUAUGCAACUUAGGAUGAAUAUGUUAAGUGUGAAUCACAUGUAAUGUUUCAACUUGUAUAUCUACAACAGUUUACUCAUAAUCGUAUUAUUAUUAUCAUUAACCUGUAUUGCACUGAGAAAGAGAGAAGAUCGUAUUCGUAGGCAGCUUGGCCUGUUUACCAAUGAAAUCAUGACUUGGGGAGUAGAGCUGUGGGAUCAAUAUGAUAACCUAGGAGCACAUACUCAACGUGGUAUAGAUUUCUUGGAUAAGUAUGGUCAGUUUAUUAAAGAUCGAUGUUCCAUUGAAGGUGAAUAUGCCAGCAAACUCAGGAGACUUGUUAAGAAUUAUCAGCCUAAAAAGAAAGAGGAGGAAGAUUAUCAAUUUUCUUCUUGUAAAGCAUUUUUACAUAUGUUGAAUGAAGUCGGUGAUAUGGCUGGACAACAUGAAUUGAUAGCAGAAAACAUGACAACGCAGAUAGUAAAAGAAAUCAAUAACUUAGUGAAAGAAUUUAAAGAUGAAAGAAAGAGGCAUUUACAUGAAGGUUCAAAGCUUCAAGCACAGCUGCAAGCAUCUUUAGCUCACUUAGACAAGGCAAAGAAAGCCUAUGAAAAAGCCUUUAGGGAAGCAGAGAAAGCACAAGAAAAUUUUUCAAAAGCAGAUGCAGACUUGAACUUGUCUAGAGCAGAGGUUGAAAAGGCAAGGACACUCUCAGUAAUGAAAAAUCAGACUUGUGAAGAUUGCAAGACAGAAUAUGCAAAUCAACUUCAAAAAACCAAUGAACUACAAAGGCAGCAUUACUCUACUACAUUACCAAAAGUUUUUCAGCAACUACAAGACAUGGAUGAAAGAAGAAUAACUUUCAUCCAGAAUUUUAUUAAGCUAUCUGCUGAUAUUCAGCGGCAUGUAUUUCCUAUUGUAAACAAAUGUCUUGAUGGAAUAGUGAAGGCUUCAGAAACUGUAGAUCCAAAGCAGGACUCGAGACUAGUCAUUGAGAGGUUCAAGUCUGGCUUCUCUCCACCAGAGGAUUAUCCUUUUGAAGACCUCAGCAAUCUUAAAAAUAGUGAAGGAAAUACAAGUUUGCAUUCAGUGCCCUCUUUUAAAGCAGAAACUAUUAAAGGCACCAUUACAGCUGGAAAAUUAAAGAAACGGGGUGGAAUAUUUGGGAUAUUUAGUUCAAAUAAGCAUCAUAUUGAUGAAACAAAGGAAGAUUACAGCGAUCUACCUCCUAACCAGAGAAAAAAGAAACUUACACAGAAGAUAGAACACAUACAGAACCAGAUCCAACAGGAAACAGCUGCAAGGGACGGCUUAAUCAAGAUGAAAUUGGUGUAUGAACAGAAUCCUGCAAUGGGUGAUCCAUUGAGUGUUGAAGGCCAAUUAACAGAAAGUGGACAUAAGCUCGAGAAGCUCCAGGUUGAGCUUCAAAAAUUUCAGAAUUAUUUAUCGGAGGCGGAGCAUAUGACAUUGACACCCACAAGUCAUAAAAAGGAUAGGAACAGUUUAUCGGAGGACUCUUUGUCACGGAGUGCAUCUGACUCCAGUGUCAACAAUCCUAACAACAACAAAAUCUUAGUAUCAAAUACUCCACCACAAGCCAAUGGCAAAGCUGACCAUAACUGUAGUUCCUCCUAUAGUCCUGAGAGUGGCAUAAGUACAAGUCACACAAGUAUCCCAGAAGUUGAUGUGUAUGCUGAUGCGGAAGAGUUUGAUAACAUAGAAGAAGAGAAUGUGGAUUUCGACCUGGAGCCUCUUCCUGUGCUGGGUACAGCAAGAGCCCUCUACCCUUUUGAUGCUCAAAGUGAAGGUUCUAUCCCAAUGGAAGAAGGAGAGGAAUUUGAAGUUGUGGAAUUAGAUCAAGGAGAUGGCUGGACAAGAGUACGCAGAGGAGAUGUUCAAGAAGGCUUUGUUCCAACCACCUACCUUCAGUGUUUUCUGUAUAAUAACUGCUAAUCACCAGGUUCAGUUUUUAGUACACUAUAAUGUGGGCUUCAGUAUGCUGGUUUGGACAGCAUGUUUGCUUUAAGAUAUAUAUAUAUGCAUUUCACUUUGUAUGUAUGUAUGUAUAGUUAUACAAAGAGUACAUCAAUGCAACUGACAGUUGUUCAGCAUCAUGUUCUGUGAAUAAGGAUGUAUUGUGCUCUUCGAACAAACAGGUAUUGUCUUUUAUUUUAGCAGAAAAUGAUAGCCAAUUUGAAACACUUAUGGACCAUCUUAGUGGCAUCAUGAAAAUAUGCAUCAUAUUGGGAACAGCUGUAUUUAGCAGUGUUCAACAGCCUUUCCUAUGUGUUAAUUUAGCCAUAUUUUAGUUAUCACAUUAUUUAGAACAAAGAUCUGAGUUUCCGCCUUGUCUUCUAAUUUCUCAAUUAUUAUAACAAGGAUUUGCCAGAGGUGAGAAAAUUUGUUAUUUAAGACUCAUAACAUCAAUAUUUAUACCUGAUUAAAUGAAUUACACGAUAAUUCACUCUUAACUUUUGUUUUUUUUUAUUGUAGAUUUCAACUCUCUUAUUGGAGCAUUCUUCAGGCAAAUGAACAAUACAUUCAGGUGAAAAUUAACAAAUCAUUGUUCAGUAGUUUGAUGAAGGUUCUGGUGAGAGGGAUGAAAGCUUGCAACAGAAAAAAAUAAUAUAGUGAGGUUUUUUUGUAAUACUGAAAAUUAAAACCAGUGUUCAUAUUAGCUUUUUUAUUUCUAAACUGUUAUUGAAAAUAAUCCAUCCAGUAGUACAUGGCAUUUAUGAGGUAGUUUUAUAGAUGCUAUCUGAAGUAGCAUUUCACAUUAUAUGGUUAUUAUCACUAAUUAAUUUUUUUUUCGAAAAACAAUUAUAAGUUUAUGAGAGUGUAAAAAUGAAUAAAAUUUCACAUUUGGUUUAUACAAUUAGAAGUUACUUGAAGUACUUUCAAUACAAAAGUAACUGGUUUUCUUUGCUUUUGUCAUCUGAUUUUAGUUAUUGUUCACAUACUAUCUCAUGUUGUAUAGCUGCUAAGUUGUCCAUCUGUCUCUCAAAACAGUUGUACAGAUAUAUUUUAUGUACACUAGUGAUUAUCAGAGUAAAUGCAAACCUAAUAUUGAUUUUAAUUGACAUGCAUGAUCCCCUAGAGAACUUAGUUUCUUUGCAGCUUGUUUAUGUAAGCGUAUUAGCAAAGAAAUGUUUUAAUGGCUUUGAGCAAAAAUCAGAUCUCCAUUAAGUGCAAUCACCUAAUGCACAAAAAUAAGUAAAAACUGAGGUAGCCAUGAAGAAAAGUUAAUCUGUUCCAGUGUUCAUUGUAUUAUUUAGCUAUAUCAUAUGCACUUAUCUGCUUUGCAGAGCAAGUGUAGCUCUAGGGAACAAACAGUGUUAUUACGUUUUUUUGGAUUAUUUUUAUGGUUUGUAAACAUUGAAUAAUGACCAAAACAAAAAAGGCAAAAACAUGUAGUAAGAUAUUAUUAGUUGCUUCAAAAGCAAAUUUUAAUUUAUUUGAAAUAUAAUAACAUUAUUAAUUUACUUUCAAAACUUUUUGAUACUUCAAAAACAAAAAAUAAAUUUGUGAAGGGUUGCUAAAACACAUUCUAAAACAAGUCAGUCAGAUCUAUUCUGCAUUUCAAUGGUAAAUCUUUGAUGACAUAUUUUUGAACUAAUAUACUUAUUCAAAUAGAGUUUUGAACAUGAUGUGAUUUAAUAAUGCCAGUAUUGUAUUUAUACACAUUUUCUGGAUUUGAUGUAACUUUACAAGCAAUGUACAUUUCUUUAGGUACAUGUAUGUGAAUUUAUUCUCAGUGGUUCUUUUGUGAUUGAUCACUUUAUGUGUAUAUGUAACAUUAUAAAGCUAACUGUUCACUUAUGUUGUGAGAUUAACAGUUUAAAAGAAGUUUUAACUCAAUUCUCUCUCUCAGUAGUUCAAUGAAUCAAAAUGUUUCUCAUUUAUUAAGUUUGUGAAUAUUUUCUGGAUUUGUGCUGUUCUUUCAAGUUUGAUUGCAAGACACAAAUUAAAAGUUGAUCAAAUGUGCAAUGCUGUUUAAUAUAGGAAUAAAUUUGUUUGUAAAUUAAUUCAUUACAGGUCUCCCAUUAAUGUAAUAAAGUUGGUUGUUUACAGUUUAUCUUAAUACAUUAUGUCUAGACAAAAUAAAAUAAGCUUUGUGAGCUGAGAACAAGAAUAUCAUUAUGAAACAACAAAGUAACAUUUAGGUAUUUCCUUUAUGAAAAGCUGUAUUUUUGCUAAUUUUUCUCUUAUUUAUCUUUGUAAAUAAUCAGUGUUUUGAUACUGUAAAAAAAAAUACUAAAUAUAAAUAUUUUACUUGUGCAAAACAAAAAUGUUGAUUUGCGACAAUUUUCAAAAUUGAGUUAGCAGACCAGAUUGUUUUCAAACAAACGAUACGUGAUUAAGUUGUUAAUUUCAUUGAAAGUUAACCAUGUCAGAUAUUGAAUAUUAACUACAUAUUCACUUUCAAACUGUGGGAAACUGUUAGACAUUGCUUUAUAUGUUUGCUUUCAUUCACAAGUCUUCUUUUUUUUUUUCAUUUUCAUAAUUUUCAACUACAAUUUCUUUUAGUAUUAAAUGAUUCUUCAAAAAGAUCUUGUAUUAUUUUUUGUCUAAAGAUUUUGAACAGUUGAUAGAUAUAUUUGAAUGAAUGAUAUAUAUAAUUGAAAAGUGGUAUUAGCAGUCAACUAUCACAUUGUCAUUUAUAUGAAACUACAUAAUCUUUUACUUUUAAUUUGUAAAAUAAAAUUCUGUACAACCCAGAAUAAUGAUAAAAUAUUUAUUACUUUGGCUUUAUACCCUAGAUGUGUCAAAUAUUAUAGUUUUAUAUUGAAGCUUUUCUUUUGAAUAUAUAUAUAUAUAUUUAAGUAUGUUGAUUUUCAGUGUUUCCCGAAAGAACUGUAGUGCAUACCAUACAGACAUAUGUCACUUAUAUUUUGUUUUUUUAUCACUAUUUUAUUCUGGCAGUUUAUUAUUAAUGAAAUAUAUGCUGUCUAACACAUUAGGUUAUCUAAGAAAUAAUGGCUUCAGUCAUGCAUAAAUUGUAAAAUUAUUAACAUUGUUAAUAGUUUGUCUUAUAAAUUGUUUCUCGUUACAUUUACACCCAAAAUUGUAUGUAUAAUCAGUAGACAGAAUUGAUUGGUUGAUGAUUUUGUUUUGUUUGUACAUAAAAAAACCACUAGGUUUAUAUCAUGGUAUCUCACCCUGAAUUUUGGGCAAGGAAUAUCUCAAGUAACCAUGGGAAAUGGCAACAGUUUACUUAUAACCAAAAUACCCAUUUGCUGUUUUUAACAUUUAAAAAUUUGUUUACUAUUAAUUUCUUCACUAUAAUGAAAUAAAUCGCUGUUGUAAAUUGGGAUCUUCGAGACUAAAGACUUUAAAACAUCUUUGUUAUAUUUGACAAAUUUUUCUUUUUUCAUUGGUAAUCACCUUAGAAAUGCUUUGUGUUUAAACUUUUGUAAUAACUAUGCAAAACCAAAGAAAAGUUGGCUUGAGGUGUUGUAAUUUACAACCUUUUUAAACUACAUUUUGAUAUAUAAAGCCCUACAUUCAUUAUUUGAAUCUAACUAAAUGUGUAUCAUACCUGAUUAUUAUUAGUUUGAAACACUUGAAGCAUUAGUCAGAAUGGAGCUCCUUAGUUUUUGUUUUUAUGUAACCAACAUUUGUAAUAGUGGUUUGUAAAAGUAGAUGAAACUAAGAAAGAAAAAUAUCUUGAAAUGGCAAGCUGUUUGUUUUUGGUGUUUUUCUAAAUUUUCUAGUUGAAUAUUAAUAUACGUUAAGCAUUUAAGAUCAUGUUGAAAAUCACACCAUUUUUUUCUUGCAGUAUUUAUGUGUAUUAAUACUUAAAUAACUUUUUAAACAUUUUCUGACAAGGAAAGCAUUGAAUUCACUAGAAUAUUUAAUUGUAAUUAGUCAGCCACAACAUUUUUGGUGCCUUAUGUGGAACAAAAAAUGUUCAGUUGUCUUUCUUUUUGUUGUGUAAUAAGAUUUUGUAAUCAAAGAAACUGAUACUAUUUCAAGAAAACUUUGGGGUAAAAGGGGACAAAGCAACUUUAAGUAUACUAUAAAUAUUAUAUUUUGAAAAAAUUAGUUAUUGAGUGUGAUUUCUGUAAUUAGCCAUACUGCUGCACACUAGGUGCUCAGCAGCACAAUGACAGUAUUUGUAGAGAGCACAUAAGUGUGGUGAAAAUAUUUCUCACCCCCACCCCAAUCAUUUUUAUGGCUUUUCUACACAGAAACAUCUUGGAAGCUUUUUCUUUCUUUUUUUUUCUUGAUCAUAACAAUUAUUCUUUCUUCCAACCAGCUAUAGUUGAUUAACUUAAAAUCUCAUCUGAGUUUUUAUUCAAGAACAUACACAUAUAUUGGUAGAAGUACUGUUGCACUUGAAAACCAGUAACUGGUCAUUUGUGCACAUUACUUAGUAUUACUUCCCAGACUCACUUAUUUUGUCAUGUCAUAAACAGUUUGUUAAUGUUUACCAGGAUUGUUGUUUUCUGGUGCCUAUCGAAAUAAAUAGUGGUAAAACUGCUAGUUUUUAAAGAAGCAAAAAACACUGAAAUAGCGAAUACAAAGUAACUACAUCUCCAGAGUUAUUCUUUUAUCUUUAAAUUACGUUUUUAGUGACAAACAAUUCCAAAUUCUGAAGGUAUUUGGUGUAAGUGAUUGAGUUUACUAAUGGUAAAGCAGGUGGUCAGCCUGCGACAUUAUUUAAAGUGUGUGGUAAGGAGAAAUACUUAUCUUUUAUGCUUAUAAGGUAUCAUCACACACAUUCUUUGAAGAUUUUGGUGUGAUUUUUAAAUAUGUCCUACUUUAAAGUGAUAGUGAACAAAAUACACUGAUGAAAUGGUGCAACUGCUCAAAGAUUCUGUUAGCAGUAUCAUGUAUGCAGUUAAACAUCAUGUUCUUUGUAUUUGGUUAGUGUCCGAAACAUUUGCAUUUGCUGUAUAAAGCUUUUCCUAAGUAAUUUGUUAUUUUAUGUAAAAAUAUAUUUGUGAACGAAUACUCGUACGAAUGUUAAGAUGGGAUCUGCUUGUGUUUUCUAUGUGACCAUUUGGGACUUUUCUACUUUGAAAUAAGACUCAUGCUUAUUAUCAGGUGGAUAUAAAGCUUAAACAAGUGUUUGGUUGCUAUGCUCAAGUUGAUAGUGAAGUGCUUUUGGCGAUGGUCAAAAGCAUCAGUGUGUGACAAGAUUUCCUUUAAUGUUAGUAGUUGUAGGAGUAAUUUAUUCAUGUUGAUGUAGUUUCACCUGUUGUGGAAAUAAAUCUCUGAACUAAA